AUGAUCGAUCAGCAGCCUAAACUACCGUACUUUCCCAUGGAAAUGAAGUGCAACUUGGUGGGGCCGGUCGGUCAGGACGAAAGCCGUCCACCCGGAUGUGGCCAGCCGAUGACGAGCGAGCCAGGUGGCAGCGUUGGCGGGACGAGCGAGCGGCCGGCAAGCAACAUGGCCACCACCACCACCACCAUUAGUAGCUGUAGUGCUAAAACACCAAUUACGGCGAACGCUUCGCCACAGCAACAGCAGCAGCACCAUCAACCGGCUCCACCUGCCACGAACGCGAUCAGCCACGGGUCGGUCACGGCGUCACCGGCAUCCCUCGGACAGGACGGACGAAUAUUGCUGGCUGCCGCCGCCGCCGCAGCCGCCGCCGUAAUGGGCUCCGAAAAUGACGUCGGCGGUGGAGCGCCCGGAGCCGUGCUGGGGAGCUCUCUGUGCGGCCAGUGCUGCAGCCCGAUCUGCGAUCGGUACAUCAUGAAGGUGGUGGACAUCACGUAUCACGAGCGCUGCCUCCAGUGUACCUCCUGCUCGAUCCGCCUCAUGCACUCGUGCUUCAUGCGCGACGGGAAGCUGUACUGUCGCUUCGACUACGAGCGGCUGUACGGCAGGAACAGAUGUCUCGGAUGUGGUGAGAAGAUCGGUGCCGACGAGCUGGUAAUGCGCGCCCUGGAUAAUGUGUUCCAUCUGAAGUGCUUCAUCUGCGUCGUCUGCGGCGUGCGGCUGCAGAAAGGCGACCAGUACGUCAUCAAGCAGAGUCAGCUGUUCUGCCGGCCCGACUACGAGAAGGAGGUGGAAAUGUUCCAGGGCUACAACUACGAUGAGUACUGCUGUGAUGACAUAUUCCAGACGCGCAUCGAUGGCCGCCGGGGUCCGAAGCGGCCACGCACCAUACUGACCACGCAGCAGCGCCGUGCCUUCAAGGCGUCGUUCGACAUAUCGCCCAAACCGUGCCGGAAGAUUCGCGAAGGGCUGGCGAAGGAUACCGGACUCAGCAUUCGGAUCGUACAGGUAUGGUUCCAGAACCAGCGCGCAAAGAUGAAGAAAAUCCAAAAGAAGCAGCUAAAGGAGGGCACCAAAGGGGGCCACCACGGUGCUGGUAGCGCCGGGGGUGCCAACGGUUCCAAGAACCACAACGGUAGCAGCAGCAAGGGCCACGACUCCCCGGACGAGCUGUCGGAUGGCGAGGGCCACGGCAAAUUGUCACUCCGCAUCAAAGACGAAAACUCAAGAUCAAACAACUACCUUCACGACAGCUGCAGUGAUAACGAGGGAACCGUCACCGACAACGACGGAACAUACGGAGGACCGACGGCAGGCGGACGACUGCUCGGUGGGCCCGAUCCGUUCAAAAUCGUCAAGGAGGAGCUCGACUUUGACGUCGACUACUUCCGGCUAGCGAUGCCCCACCAUCACCAUCAUUCCGUCCCCGGCCGGUAUGGUGGAAAAUCCUUCGGUCACGACCACCAAAUGGGCCCCGGAGGGUGUUCGGGCAUCAAGACGGAAAACAUGACGUCGCUCGACACGUCCCUGACGGCGGUCGCCGAAAUGGAGUACCACGGUGUCCCGUUGCAACAGUUGGCGUCGGCGAUGAACGGUGCCGGGUCUCCCCACGGCAUGGUCGGUGGGCCGACGCCAGCCUCGUCAACCCCCGGCAACCCGCCGAUGCCCAACCCGAUCGAUCGGCUCUACUCGAUGCAGAACUCGUACUUCUGCAACCAGGAAAAUCCGCUCCCCGCCAUCCACGGCCACUGUGGUGGACCGCAGCACCAGCUACAGAACCAGAUGCAGCUGCAGUCGCCACACUGCCCAUCGAUGACGUCAUCCGGUGGUCCACUGGCACUCGGACACACUGGCCACCAACACCACUUUGCGAGCAACAAUAAUCUGCCGAGUAUGGCGCUCGGUGCAUCAACCGGUCAUCACGGCCUGGGCCUGUGCGGUGCCGGGCUCGAGCCGCAACCGGAAGCCGUGAUGUAA